AUGCUCAAGCUGACCAUGCCUGCCAUCCUCCAGUAUGUCAGACACCUGUUUGGCGUGGGCAAAGCCACCACCAGGGAGGCCAUCCUCGAGAUAAAACACUGGAGACAACUGACCAGGGAAAACCAAAGCUGCAUGACUGAAUUUAUAUUCCUGGGUCUCUCCAGUGAGCCAAGGGUAGAGGCUGUUCUUUUCAUGGUGUUUCUGGUGUUCUACCUGCUCACUGUGGUUGGCAACAUCAUCAUAACUACAGUUAUCAGAAUAGACCCUCAGCUCCAUGUGCCCAUGUACUUUUUCCUCAUCAAUCUGUCCUUCUUAGACAUCUGCUACAUCUCAACCAACGUCCCACAGAUGCUGGUGAAUCUGUUGUCCAGGAAAAAGACUAUAUCCUUCAUGGGUUGUGCUGUUCAGAUGUAUUUGUCUUUGGCCUUUGGCAUGACUGAGUGUUUCCUGCUUGGAGUCAUGGCUUACGACCGGUAUGUGGCAAUAUGUCAUACAUUGCAAUACAGAGUUAUCAUGAAUAGGAAGGUCUGUGCUCAGAUGGCUGUCAUGUCCUGGACCUGUAGUCUGCUCAGCUCCAUGGUAAUCAAUGUCAUGACCCUGAGGUUGCCCUUCUGUGGGCCCAACACCUUGAACCACUACUUCUGCGAGGUGCCAGCUGUGCUGACCUUGGCUUGCACUGAUACUUCCCUCACUGAAAUGGUGGUUUUCAUCUUCAGCAUACUCAUUGUUUUCAUCCCUUUCCUCCUGAUUGUUGUCUCGUACAUCUGUAUUCUCUCAGCUAUCCUGCAGAUCCACUCAGCCCAUGGAAGAGCCAAAGCCUUCUCUACAUGUGGAUCACACCUGACUGUUGUGACCUUGUUCUAUGGGACAGCCAUCUUCAUGUACAUGCGACCCAGGUCCCAAUCCUCACGGGACAGGGACAAAGCGAUUGCUGUGUUCUAUACCAUUGUAACUCCCAUGCUCAAUCCCCUGAUCUACACUCUGAGGAAUAAGGAGGUGAAAAGGGCCUUAAGGAGAAUGGUCAUUAGACACAGAUUUUCAAGGAGGAUGUGA